CUAAUUAGUGGACAUUAAGAACAAGAUUGUCAGUAACGUUAAUGUGCACAGACUAAUACUUCUGACAAUAAAGUGUAGCAGUAUCAGAACCCAAUGUUUUCUUUUGCAUUGUUUUUGUUUGUUUUUUUCUGUACAGGAUUCUGUUAAAGAAGAUUCAACUUUAGUGAGCUGUUCCUCCAAUAAUGGGUCACCUAUGCAACAGACAUCCACUCCAAUGAAGUCCAGUCUUCCUAAGUUUGAAACUCCUGAAAAGGUUGUGAAGUUAACCUUUCCAGAAUAUGUACUCCACACUGACACUGAGCUUGAGCAAGUAAGACACCAAUACUUUGAAUUAUCGAAGAAAGGGGAAGAGCGCAACUGUGAAAUGUCAAAGGAGUUGAGAUGUCAUCUCAUCCGAAACACGAUGACCAGUAUGAUUGCAAUCUUGAGGGCAAAAGGAGAUGCAGAAUCACACAGAUACCCAUCAAAACCUGAAAUCACAGCAAUGGCUAAAAGGAUAGUGCUGUAUUACCCCAUGCUACAGGACCAAGGACUGAAGAAUUCAUGGGUCACUGUGUUUGCACAACUAACCAAAAGAUUGCAGAAUGUGAGGUCCCCUCAAAAACAAUCUCAGAGUGGGAGACAAUCAAAGAGUCCUUGCAGCUCUUCAAAGAGACGCCAUCUUGAUGAGCCCUAUGACACAGAUGAAGCCAUUUCGAGUGACUCAACAAUCAUAUUGGACCAGUCUACAGAUGAGACUAGCACCGACUCRGGCUCUAAUGACAAGGAGUUUGGAAAAACAAGACCUCAAAGUCCCCAGGAAGAAGCUCUCCCUCUGCUGUCCAGUUCUAAGACAGAUGUUGAAAGCUCAUGCAACUACAGUCCAGCAAUCUCGGCCAAGCACUACAGGACCCUACAAUCUUUGUAUAAAAAAAGAAUCCAAACCACCAGGAUGUGUCUCAUCUUCUGGAUUUGGAAUUUCAAGCCAGAAGAGCAUUCAUUGAUUCAGAUAGUUUUUGAGAGGAGGACAGACACAACAAGAUCAUAGAAGCAUAUCCUUGUUUCAAGGACAUUGGACAUGUCAUGGAUAAGCUUCAACGCAUUCUGAACAAAGAUAACCCAUGCUACAUAGCUGAACUAAAGGGAAGAUGGAAAGACUUCUGCCAGAAGGUGCAGUUUUUUGGUGUUUGGAAAAAAAACGCUGAAACCACCAAUGGGGGUGGACAAAG